GGCUCAGGUCAAGCUGUCCCGUUGGUCGUGGAGAGCUGCAUUCGUUUCAUAAACCUCCACGGGCUCCAGCAUGAAGGUAUUUUUCGGGUGCCGGGAUCUCAAGCGCAGGUGGCUGAGAUCCGGAAUGCCUUUGAGAAAGGCGAGGACCCCCUGGCUGACGGCUUCAUGCAACACGACUUGGAUUCGGUGGCGGGAGUGCUGAAGUUGUAUUUCCGGGGACUGGAGAAACCCCUAUUUCCCAGCGACAUUGUCCCAGAGCUGCUGGCCACGGCCCAAUUGGAAUCUUCGGCCGAGCGAAUCUCCCACCUCCGAGGUCUCGUUUCCCGGCUCCCGGCUACCGUGUUGGUGGUUUUGCGGUACCUCUUUGCUUUCCUCAACCACUUAUCUCAGUACAGCGAUGAGAACAUGAUGGACCCCCACAACCUAGCCGUGUGCUUUGGGCCCACCCUGGUGACCGUCCCCGCAGGCCAAGAUGCCGUGUCGGUGCAGCCUCACAUCAACGAGGUGGUGAAGUGCCUGAUCGUACAUCAUGAGGCCAUCUUCCCUGGAACCGGCCAACUGUCCGGGCCCCAGUAUGAGAAAGUCAUGGCCUUGGCCGAGGAGGAGUACUG